AGCUAGCAAAGCAGCCUGGACAGCAGUCCCUAGAUUCGGGAUUGAAGACUGGUCAUCAGCUCUUCAGCUCCACGAAAAGGUGCAACAGCGAGGAAUUUCAAUGUACAAAUGCACAAAUAUGUGCCAUGUAAGCCAAGAGCAGAGUACCUAAUUGUAAGCUGAAAGGGAAAUGUGGAUUUCUUUGUUUGCGAGAUGAGGCUGGGAACCCUGCUGAUUGCUGUACCCAUUCUUAGGGGGCCUGGUUGCCAAAUGCCCACGUGACCACAUCCCAACAGCCCAUGACAUUUGAUUUGGGGCAAGCGCACACACCGAUCUGCUUCUCGGCAUUGUGCGACACGUUGUGGGGGUAAAUCAAAUAGUGCUGAAGAAGGGACCUGAGCUUUGCACUAGAACCCGUGGAUUGGACACCAGGGGGGCCUGGGAAGUUUUUGAGACGUGCUAAAACAAGGUUCAAUGCUACAAUAAAACAGCACACUCGCCAACUGCCUACACCAACUUCGUUUCCAAUGUAGAACUGCGGCGGAAGGGCGGUGAGGCCUGCCCUCUCUUCUAGCUCGUAGGUACUUUUACAGCAAUCAUUGGCCAGCUUGUAGUAAGAUUCAAGAACAGCGAUCAAGUGAAACUGUGGGGAUAAUCUGACUAGUUGCUUGCUGGAAAGUGCGUCAAGCUGCAAGGAUCAUAUUGCAAGACGCUUCCAAGAGUGUUCCGAAGUUGUUCUGAAACGCUGACGGGAAGGAGACGCAGGCCGCUGCGGCGAGCACGCAGCUACAAAAAUGGAGCACGCAAAUCCUUCGCAACAAAUGGUGGAAAAGUAGAUAUAAUUUCUGAAAACAAAUAAGAGAAAAGAUGGACCCUGCGACGAACGUCACGGCGCUCGCUCUGCGGGUGGCCACACUCGAGGUGGGACUGCAGGAGCUGGCCGCAACGAGCACGCUCCGGACGCUGGUCGCCGGACACCUCUGGACGCUGCAAGCGGGCAUCUUUGUCUUCCUCAUGCAGGUCGGAUUUGCGCUCGUCGAAGCGGGGACGGUGCGCACGAAGAACACCCGCAACAUCAUGAUAAAAAACAUUCUUGACGCCUGCAUCUCCGCGGUCGCGUUCUGGUCGUUUGGAUACGCGCUUGCGUACGGGACCGGAAACAAAGUCCUGGGUUGGCGGCACCCGGAUGGCUCUUCGUCCGCCGCGUUCUUCAACGAGCGCGACAAGGUGCGGUGGUUCUACAAGUGGACGUACGCCGCAACGACGGCGACGAUCGUGAACGGAGCGGUGGCGGAGCGAACCAAGUUCCCGGCUUACCUUGUAUAUAGUUUUCUUCUGAGCGGCUUCAUCUACCCGGUGGUCGUCCAUCUGAUGUGGUCUGCUGAUGGGCUGCUGAGCCCUUAUACGUACCAUAAGAUAUUGGGCGGGGACGGGUAUAUCGACCUGGCGGGGGCGACCAUUGUGCACGUGACAGGGGGGUUAACGAGCUUUUUGGGCGCUUGGAUGGUUGGCCCCCGCAUCGGUCGCUUCGACAUCGACGGCAAGCCGAUCGAGUUCAAGCACCACUCGAUCGCCUUCAUUGCAACCGGGACUUUGAUUCUUUGGGUCGGCUUCUACGGGUUCAACGGCGGGAGUGUGUACAUAUCCGACGACCUCCAGUUAUGGCUCGACACGAUCGCGCGCAUCAUGAUGAACGCGACGGUCUCGGCGGCGUUCUCGGGGCUCACUGUCUUUGCGGUGUCGCUCAUGGCGUCAAGGGCGGUGCAGCCGUCGGACACGUUCAAUGGCGUGAUUGGGGGCCUUGUGGCGGCGUCUGCAACAGCGAGCGUAACCCAGACGUGGGCCGCGUGCAUCGUGGGCUUCCUCUCGGGCCUCGCCUACUUCGGCGGCAGCCGCCUCUUCCUGUGGCUGCACAUCGACGAUCCCGUAAACGCCGCGGCGGUCCACUUGUGCUGCGGCUGCGUGGGGGGCCUCGCGGUGGGUCUCUUUGCGACAAACGACGGGAUCCGCGCAGCAUAUGGGAUUCCGCAGCCGCGCGCGCAGGGGCUGGUGUACGGGGGGGACUUCACGCUGCUGGGAACGCAGGUGGUGGGUUUGUUGCUCAUCAUCGGUUGGGUGGGCGCGACCGCGUUCUGCAUGUUCUUCAUCCUUCUCGUCACGGGGAACCUCCGUAGCAGCCGGCAGGCAGAGGAGGUUGGUCUCGAUGUUGCGUAUCACGGGGGCACCUCCGACGAGCUCCCCGCGCAAGAGCAGGGCGUCUUUGUGGGCGCCAUCAACAAGACGAUCCGGCGGCGGCUCAGCUCGAGUGGGUUCGGGUCGUGCCGGAAGAACGUGCAGUGGUGGCGCAGCCGCUCGUUCUUGGGCCUCCCGGGGUUCCAAAAGAACCUGAAGCGGACCCCCCUGGGGCAGUACGCGCUGUCGACGUACGAGGCCAACUACUUGAUGGAGGACACGUGGCAUAUGGAUUCCCUCCCCAACCUGAUGUACAUGGGCGUUUUCGACGGGCACGGCGGCACAGAGGCCGCCACCUUUGCGAAGGAGCGACUGCACGAGCAUCUCCAAGAUUCGGUCGCACAGAACGGUCUCUCAGAAGACUCAAUCGCCGAGGCGUUCCUGAACGCGGACGCCGAGUUCACGGACCUCAUCCGGACGGCGUUCGUCCGGUCGCCGCACCUCGCGACGGUCGGGAGCUGCGCGCUCGUGGCGGUGCUGACGUCACAGGCCACGUUGUACGUCGCCGGGCUCGGGGACUGCCGCGCGGUGCUCGGGACCGGGAGCAACGGUCGCCUAAAAGCGGUUCAGUUGUCGGAGGAGCACAACGUGAACAUCGCGAGCCACCGCAAAGCGUACCUGGAGGGGCAUCCGGAGGGGGAAGCCGCCGUGGCGUGCAAGAACGGCAUGUACCGGGUCAAGGGCAAGCUGCAGGUAACCCGGUCGUUCGGCGACUGCUACAUGAAGCUCCUGGAGUUCAACUCCGCCCCCCUCUUCCCGCGCUUCCGCUGCCCGGCGCCAUACCACCCGCCGUACGUCACUGCGCGUCCGUCCGUCACUGUCCGGCAACUGCAGCCGUCCGAUCGUUUCCUGAUCCUAGCAUCGGACGGCCUGUGGAACUACUUGGGAAGCCAGGACGCCGUUGAUAUUGUACAGAAGAACGUCCGGGGGGACGUCGCUCGGUUGCUCGUCCGGACAGCGCUUCAGCGGGCAGCCCAGAAGCACGAGAUCACCUUCGAGGAGUUGAUGCAGCUUCCCAGGGGGAUGAGGCGGGACUACCAUGACGACAUGACGGUUGUGGUGUUCUUCUUCAAGCAACCGAAACCGUCCGACUCGGCCCGGGCGAUCGACUGGGAGGGAAGCUUUCACCGGCGGAUAUCGAGUGCGUCUAGCCGGCAAGGCGACGAUUCUAGGGACGUUGAGAUGGGGGAGGUUAAGGAAGAAGAGAACGACGGACGUCCCGACUUCCGGAACUUGCCGACCCUAAAAGUCACAAGAAGGGGGCCAAUUCACACAGGGUCCUCCAAUGAUAUUCUAUCUAUGCCGACGUAUGAGGGGAGGUCCUUCCGGAUGAGUGGGUCUCUACUGGACAAUGUGCAUUCUCCAACGUGACCCGCGUUGAACCUUGCGUAGUAACGGAGUUAAGGACUUGGGGAUGUCAGUCUGCGUCAUAUGGAAGGGUCAGGACAGUUGGGCGCGCGGGUAGGGCGUCAUUGUACAUUACAAAAUAUAAGAUGGUUGUAGCAAUUGGGAUUGAGGUGAUUAAAAAGUCAAUCACUUUCAAUGCCCGUUAUUGUUGAAGUAAUCUUCCGGGUCUAGAUGUUGACCGAUCGGCCCCACUUGUGCGUCUGAAAGUCGUGAUUGCACGAGAUUUUGUGCGUCGGAUACCAUCGAUAAAUGAGCUAGCCGCCCAACGAAGCAUAUCGCCUGUUCAUC